AUGCCGCGCGCGGAUGCGCUGGCGCCCGAGGUGGAGGAGACGCGGGCCGAAACGGCGGCGGCGACGGCGCUGGCGCCCGAGGUGGAGGAGACGACGACGCCGGCGAACGUUCGGCGGCGAGAGAGAGAGUGCGGUUCGCCCGCCGUCGAUGGCUACGCGCACGUAAAUUUGACGUGCUUGGCGAUGAGUGCGACGGCGAGAGAAUUCGCUCACGCGUCGGCGAGCGGGCGCGAGAAGUUGCGAGCGCACAUCGAAGAACACGCGUCGUACGACGGCGUGGCGGUUCGUUGGGGAAUCCAUCACACGACGGAAACCGCGGAGGAGUGCGGUGAGCGGUGCAAAGAACACGUGGUAAAGCCGGACGGAAUCGGUGCAGAAGUUUUGCCGUGCAACGUGUUCGUUUGGUGUCCCAAAGACGUCGGUGAGGGCGGUUGCUUUGAACCAGACGCGCACCAGCACUUCGCGGGCGACUGUUGGCUCAAGUUUAGCGAGACUCCGGAGAACGUCGAGGUGAACCAGCGAGGGGCCAACGACGCACCUGGGUUCGUGAAUAAGGAUGGAAAGACGUUCGCCGAGCGACACGCGAACGCGCCGAAAUUAGUCCAUUGGUCGAGCGGCGUGCUGCUUCCGGAAUCGAUGACAGCUUCGAGCACGCUCGGGCCGCGCGCAACGUGGUAG